AUGAUGGUACCUGUACUGGCUGUGGUCUUUGUGCUCUGCUUGUCUCUGGUCAUUUGGAGACCUCCUGCUGGCGUCAUUGAGGCAUUGGCGAAACACUGGCCACAAGUGUUGUGGCAGGCCGACGUCAAGGAGCAAGUCGUUGCCUUAACCAUCGAUGACGGACCAUCAGAAUUCACAGAAGAAAUACUUGGUGUCCUCAAGGCAAACGGAGCUACAGCUACAUUCUUUGUCAUCGGCUCUCAUAUUCCUGGUCGAGACAGAAUGCUACAACAACUUCUACAGGACGGCCACGAGCUUGGGAACCACGGCAUGUAUGACGAGCCAGCCUGGAGACUCUCCGAUGAUGCGCUCUUUUCACAAAUUCGAACAGUAGACCAGCAAAUUGGUACCAUAUACGACUCCAUUGAGAAACCACAUCCCUCAAAGCUCUUCAGACCCGGAUCGGGCUUCUUUAGUAGUCGGAUGUUGAAGGUGGUGGCGACUCUAGGCUAUCGCCUUAUCCUUGGUGGCAUCUAUCCUCAUGAUGCGCAGAUUGGUCUGUGGAGGUUGAAUGCAUGGCAUAUUCGCUCACUGAUCCGUCCCGGUGGUAUCAUCAUUUGCCACGAUGGACGUCCGUGGACGACUCCCAUGCUUCGCAGGGUGCUCCCGGAUCUCAAGAGGAAGAACUAUAGGAUUGUUUCUGUGAGCUCGUUACUGCAGUCACAAUGCACCUAG